GUGGUGAGGUGAGAGACGCCACAUUCACCUGCUCAGGCGACGAUUCCGCAGUCGUACGAAGCGUACCGAGCACACCGCUUCCAUUUUCAAACGCGUUUCAAAUAUCGAACUUUAUUUUUCGCGUGUUGCCAGCGCCGGUGACGGAUUAUUUUUGUGAGUUUUUUAAAUUUCAUUUUUUUAUUUUCUUUUUCACCUGGCCAGGAUCUUGGAACUUUGUUUUCUCACCGCUCGAGAACUUGUUCUGCAUAAUGUCAACUGGACGGCAUUGGACGAGCCUCAUCGUGCUCGUGGCUACAGCAGCUCUAGCAUCAUGUGCACAAGUAGAAGACCCUUGCAAGACGAAGUCCAGGGUAGUGGCAGACGACAAAUACUGCGACAAGUAUUGGGAGUGCGACAACGGACAGUCCAUCCAGUAUGAUUGUCCUAAUGGGCUGGUGUUUGCUGGCAAGCACAGGGGAGUGACGGAAGGCUGUGACUACCCUUGGAGGUCGAACUACUGCGAAUACCCCAAGGUUCAAACCAACCCGCCGAUCGGAACGGAGCACUGCGACUGGCUAUACGGCAUUUUCGGGCACGAGACCUCAUGCACCAGGUACUGGACGUGCUGGAACGGUACCGCCACUGAACAGCUGUGCAUUGGCGGGCUGCUGUACAACGAAAACGCGCACUCCUGCGACUGGCCAGAGAAUGUCGACGGCUGUCAGAAACAUCCUCUCUGCAACGAAGACCCCAAUGGCAACGUGCCCCUCGGCAAAUCCUGCAAUAGGUACUGGCAAUGCCAGGGAGGAUACCCUCGCUUGCAGAGAUGCCCUGCCAUGCUCGUGUUCGACAGACGCUCGCUGAGAUGUGUGGUGCCCCCUACUGAGGAGUGUGACGUCCCCACCACCACAGCGCCUCCGCCAGAGGAAGACCAACAGGAUCUGAGACAGGGUCAACAGCAACCACAGAAGCGACCGGGUAACGACUACCAGGAGCAGCAAGGUCGCCAGCGGCCCAGGAACUAAGUUAGGACAUACUUAUAAGUACUUUAAGAGCCUACUGUAUUUUAACCAAAACCAGAAUAAAAUUUAUCUUCAAUCGUUUUGAUAUCGCCCACCAUAGUUAUGCACUGCAUUAGGCAAUCAGUUAUAUCGUCAUAUUGCUUUGUGUGUACGUUCGCUGUACGUGCUAUAAUUUAUUGCAUCUUAAAAUGCUUUUGCUAUUCCGUAGUGAUACUUCCUAACCUUUAAUAAUCUGUUAGGUCUAGAAGUAUUACUAUCAGAUAAAAAUUAUCAUGAAUUUAGUUAUUAGAAUGCUUUGCUGCAACUUUCAUUACUGCAAAAUGUUCAACUAUAGCACCAUUUGCCUUGCUUUUCACAGCAUCAUAGAAAAACUCCAUUGAACUACCAUUUAUUUCAUCUAAUCUACACAUCAGCACAAUUCAUUCUAGAUCAUUCAUUUCCCCAUUAGUUCAAAUUGUUUGUCUAAUGCCGUGUGUUACUUUCAAAAUCUCAUCAAAAGUGUAGAAGUGUUCCACUUCAUUAUCUUUACUUAGUCAUGUAAUUAUGAUAGUAAUUAGUUUUAAGUGUUAAGAUACUGCCACGGAAUCAAAUUUGAUGAAUACUCAACAAUUGUCACCGAAAACAAAUCCGAAGAGGUUAUUGCAAUGGAAAUUAAUGCAAUUCUUUUAUAAACUAAGGCCAGUCCUAUCCAAUAAUAUUUUAUCACAAUUUUCUUUGUUAUUUCAAGUAUAAGUUACAUUUAAUCGCUUAUUCUAAAUUCUUUUAAAACACUAUAUAUGAUUUAUGCAUUUUCCAACAUUGCCAUAACCUUUCCGGACGGCUCAUUUAUUUAGUCAAUAUUUAAAACCGUAAGUAUAUAAUGGUCUUUAUUUUAGUUAAUAAAAAGAUAUUAUUUAGUA